AUGACCUCCUCCGUUCUCUCCCUCGGUCUUGAAGCGACAAAGUCAAAAUGGGAAGCUCACUGGCGAAAUGGCAUGAAGGAGGAGGUUUUUGGAAUGGCUUGUGAACGAGGUGCAAUGUUUAUGAAAAAUUCCUCGCAGGCUGUGAAAGAGGUAAUAGAGAGGACGGGGGAGUCGGGGUUGGGUGUACUGAUUGGUUUCCAUGCUGCGUGUGGAGGGGCGAAUUGUGAUGCUCAUUCUGGGAUUAGUUCUGGAAAUGCCGGGUUGCGGGGGAAUAAGGAGAAUCUGGAGAGGGGCGAGGUGGGGCAGAGGGGAUGUGGGGGUGUUAUCGAGGGGAUUGGGGGCGUGGAUGAGGGGAUUACGGUGUACAUCUCGGACGGAUGGGAUUUGAAAAAGGUGUUGGAGUGGGUGCGGAAAGGGGGGAGGAGGGGAAAUCCGGUGGUGGCGGACACGCAUCGAUAUUAUGCCUUUAGUGAGAGGGAUAGGAGCCAGUCUCUUCGGGAGAUUAUUACUAGGUUGGAAGGGAGUGUGAUAGAUAGAGGGGUGGCGCAGGUUCUUAUUGGGGAGUGGGGUUGUGUGCUUGAUGGAAACACUUGGGGCCGUGUUAAGCCCGAGGGAAGAGAGGGUCUUGUUUGGGGGUUUGGACUGGCUCAGAGUAGGAAGUGGCAGCAGAGAACUGGAGGAAGAGUCAGAAGUCGGAUGCAGGCUGCUCAAGUGAGGAGACAGGGCUUGGCAAGUUCGGCGAGACGAGCUCAUGAGGAACAUGGGAACCGUACUUGUCUGGGAAAGACAUUUGAGCAUGACUUGUAUAUCGAGGGGUGGGAAGUUGGGUUUUAUGAUGCCCUAAAGUUCUUUAGGAUGAGAGCUGAUGGUGCUUUGGCUAAGAAACGGUUGGUGGAGUCUGGAAAGAGAGGAGAAUUUGUUCAGGAGUGGGAACCAAGUCUCUGA